AACAGCUUCAGGAAACGAACGCAGGGAAACGGUGGAGUCCGUGCUCGCUUCAGGCUUAUUAGCGCGUUUAGUUUGCAAAGCGAAACCACGUGAAAGCCAGUAAAGACUCGGGACCCAAACUUUGAACGAACUCUUUCUCGAAGAACUCCCAUGUUGUGCUGUUGUGGCGACAGUCACGAUGUCUGCCUCCGCUAUAUUCGUCCUGGAUCUGAAAGGGAAGGUGCUGAUUUGUCGGAACUACAAAGGCGACGUGGACAUGGCAGAGGUUGACCACUUCAUGCCUUUACUCAUGCAACAUGAGGAGGAAGGGCUUCUCUGUCCUGUCAUAUCACAUGGUAAUGUUCACUUCAUGUGGAUCAAACACAGCAACCUGUACCUGGUGGCCACCACAAACAAGAACUCCAACGCUUCCCUGGUGUACUCGUUUCUCUACAAACUAGUUGAGGUGUUCACAGAGUACUUCAAAGAGCUGGAGGAGGAGAGUAUUCAGGAUAAUUUUGUGGUCGUCUAUGAGCUGCUGGAUGAACUCAUGGACUUCGGAUUCCCACAGACAACGGACAGCAAGAUCCUACAAGAAUACAUUACUCAGGAAGGUGCAAAGCUUGAGGUGGCCAAGUCCAAGGUGCCAACUACGGUUACCAACGCCGUCUCCUGGAGGUCAGAAGGUAUUAAAUACAAGAAGAACGAGGUCUUCAUAGAUGUCAUCGAGUCCAUCAACGUACUGGUGAACGCCAACGGCAGUGUGAUGAGCAGUGACAUCGUGGGCAGCAUUAAGCUGAAGACCAUGCUGUCAGGGAUGCCUGAGCUACGGCUGGGCCUUAACGAUCGCGUGCUUUUUGCCCUCAGUGGACGGGACAAGGGCAAGACAGUGAUGAUGGAGGAUGUAAAGUUCCACCAGUGUGUCCGCCUGUCGCGUUUUGAGAGUGAUCGAACAAUCUCCUUCAUUCCUCCAGACGGGGAGUCUGAACUCAUGUCUUACCGCAUUAAUACCCAUGUCAAACCUCUCAUAUGGAUCGAAUCCAUCAUAGAGAAAUUCUCUCACAGCAGAGUGGAAAUCAUGGUUAAGGCAAAGGGGCAGUUUAAAAAGCAGUCUGUGGCAAACAACGUGGAGGUAAGAGUCCCGGUCCCCAGUGAUGCCGACUCACCCAAGUUUAAAACCAGCACGGGAAACGCAAAAUAUGUGCCUGAGAAAAAUCUGGUGGUUUGGACCAUUAAGUCUUUCCCUGGAGGUAAGGAGUUUCUGAUGAGGGCUCAUUUUGGUCUGCCUAGUGUGGAAAAUGAUGAGGCAGAAGGCAAACCUCCCAUCACAGUCAAAUUUGAAAUUCCAUACUUCACAGUGUCAGGAAUACAGGUGCGAUAUAUGAAGAUCAUAGAAAAAAGUGGUUACCAGGCCUUACCCUGGGUCCGCUACAUAACUCAGAGUGGAGAUUACCAACUGAGGACUAAUGUGUAAAGCCUGGGACUAUGGCGUAUUCCUCACUUCAGAGGAGCAUCAAUGAUCACUUUACCUUGACUGAAACUGUAUCUUUAAAAUUUCACCUGUUGCUAAUCUUGUUUUAUGAAAGCUGCCUGCAGUUUUCUGCAGCAAUUUUAAUAUUUCCACCAAAUAUUUAAGUACUUACUGUUAUAAAAACUAUACCUUUAAACUAUU